CGAACUACGAAGAACACAGUACACAGUUCUGAAUCAGAAUAAAAAUGAUAUGGCCGCUUUAGUGACAUGGAUUAUGAAUUCGUUGAAAUAAAAAAAAUAAUAUGCAACGAUUUAGUGGAUACAUAUUAAACAUUCCAGAAACCGCACUUUUUAAAUGUUUAUCUAUCGUUAGCUAUUUAUUACGAAAGAUCGCGCGUGUUCAUGAAAUAAUUUAACCUAGGUCAAAUCUCAAUCUGGAAGUGAUUACAACCAUUCGUGCAUUUUUAUCAUUUUUCGGUUAGCCCGGAAUUCCAUUAUUUUGCAGCUUCUAGCUAGAGUUUCAUUACUUUCAGCAAAAUAUUGGAGAAACUUGAGUAACUAGUGAAAUUAUUGAAAAAAAUUCAGGUUAAUUACGUUAAGUCUAAGAAUGACCAGCACAAUGGAUACCACUGAUAGUAUAAUGGUCACCAGAAAUUAUCAGUGCGUAACAUGCCAGCGUAUUUUCCAAAAUGAGGAUAUGCUGAGUGAUCAUUUGAAUGUAUGCAGGGAAGAAGAUGAUAGUACAGAUAUUUUGGAAUUGAAAACUUUCAAUGAUUAUGAUUCAGAUAGUUCGGAAGAAUAUGAUGAUUCUGAUGCAGCAAACCAAAAUGUGGAAGAUACUGAAGAAGCAAGUGGUGGGAAAAUACAGCCGGUUGCAGAAAACGAGUGUCACUGUUGUGGCGAAGAUUUGAAAUCUGCACAUUCAGGUGGUCAAUUCAAGUGUUCGAAUUGCGAGCUUUCUUUCAAAAAGCGUUCUUCUCUCGAGAGACAUACAAUCGUAAUUCACUGGGUGAUCGAAUCAUGCAGCUGCACAGAAUGUGGUUCAACCUUCCGUGACAAAAAAUCGUUAGAUAAACAUCGUUAUACAACUCAUUCCAAUGCUAAGAUUUACAAGUGUGAGCCUUGUGACCGGUAUUUCACUCGUCGUUACCACUUGAAUCGACACAAAUUGCAGUCUGGAUGCCACGGAACUCUCCGUAAUUUUUAUGAGUGUCAAGUUUGCAACAAAUCAUUCACACGGAAAGAUAAUCUGCGUGAACAUUUGAGAACCCAUGCUGGAGUUCCACAGCGCCAGCAAAAAUCAUGCGAUCAAUGUGACAAAAAGUUCAGCACCCCGCAACAGCUUUUGAUCCACAGUAGAGUCCAUACCGGUGAACGGCCCGUCAAGUGCGACUUGUGUCCAAAAACUUUUUUGUCUGCACUAGCUGUUAAGAAACACCGGCGAGUUCACACUGGAGAAAAGCCAUUCCAGUGUAAACACUGUCAACGCAAAUUCGCGGCUCGCGAGACUCUCAACCGUCAUCAGAGAACACACACUGGCGAAAAGCCUCACGUCUGCCAGUAUUGCGCUAAAUCUUUUAUUCAAGCUGCUCAGCUGAAAGCACAUUUAUUUCAUCAUACCGGCGAGAAUGGUUUCACUUGCGAAACUUGUGGUAAAGCAUUCAAUCGCAAGGCCCGUCUUAAUCUGCACAUCAAAUUCGCGCACGAAGGAGCGCCCGGAUUCCAAUGCGACAUUUGCUCGAAAUCUUUCACGCGCAAGGAAGACUUGACCAAACACACCCUUAUUCACACAGGAGUCAAACCGCACAAAUGCGACAAGUGCGAAAAAGCCUUCGCGACUAAGUCCUCGCUCCAGGCUCAUUUAAAUACACACAGACGCGAGCCACCCCAAUCCUGCACCGAAUGCGGACGCGCCUUUAUACGUCAUGACUGUCUCAUGCGACACAUCAGAGCCAAACAUCGUCACGUCCUCGAGGAUGUUAUGGCCGAAGCUGAAAAACGACAACUCCAGACGCAACUCCUCGACAUCGCUUCGUCUGCCGCUCUCAAAAUACAAAGUGGCGAAUCCAGUGCCCUCUCCUCGUCGCAACUACUCAAAGCUAUUGCUGAUCUUCUCAAGAUUCUCAUCGAAGAAGAAACUUUACAGAUAUUUGGGUGGCCCGAAGCACCGAUCCAAGACGUUUUGGACGCUGUUAUCAGACGUUGCGGUCAUCAACCAAUCACGGUCGAAGAGAGCGAUUUGGUCUUUGAAGAACGUUUACGCGAGAAUGUUAAACUUUUAUUCACGGUCGUCAUCGAUGACGACACCGUCAAAUCGUUACUGACCACUCAAACUGUCGACGAGGUUAUUUUACAUGUACUGAAAAUAUCGAAAACAUGAUUCUCGAAUUUGUCGGUGAUAUUAAAGGGCUAUUCGCAAAAAUUCA